AUGGCAUCCGACGCUAGACCCGACUCACCUUCUUCGGUAUCCUCAAAUGCCUCAGCCUCCGCUUCAUCGGCUGCUAGUUCUCAUUCAUGGACAUCUUUCCUCAAAUCAAUUGCAUCGUUCAAUGGCGAUUUAUCUUCAUUAACUGCUCCGCCAUUCAUAUUAUCACCUACUUCGCUUGUGGAAUAUUCGCAAUAUUGGGCCGAGCAUCCUGAUUUGUUCGUUGCUCCAAAUAAGUUGACUGUUUCUGAGGAUGCCGAGGCAGCAACAGUUGAUGCCAUGAACUUGAAAAGAGCUAUUGCUGUUACCAAGUGGUUUAUAUCUACUUUGAAAUCUCAAUACUGUUCUAGAAACGAAAGUAUGGGAAGUGAAAAGAAGCCUUUGAACCCCUUUUUGGGAGAAGUUUUUGUUGGGAAAUGGGAAAGUGAAGAGUUGGGAGAGACCAUCUUGUUGAGUGAGCAAGUUAGCCAUCAUCCACCUGUAACUGCGUAUGCCGUCAAGAAUGCAAAGAACAACGUCAUGUUGCAAGGAUACAAUGGUAUCACGUCCAAGAUUUCCGCAACGUCUAUAAACAUCAAACAAUAUGGACAUGCCCUUUUGGAUUACAAUGAUUUGAAAGAAAGCUAUUUGAUUACCUUGCCUCCGUUGCAUAUUGAAGGGUUGAUUACUGCUUCACCUUUUGUGGAGUUAGAAGGCACUUCCUACAUACAAGCUUCCAAUGGUUACUUUACAGUUAUAGAAUACAGUGGAAGAGGAUGGGUUUCAGGUAAGAAGAACACAUUUAAAGCGAGAAUAUACCGUGAUUCCUUUUCCAGCUCAUCAAAGGAAAAUGCUUUGGUCACAAUACAAGGUCAAUGGUCUGGGAAAUCAUACAUUGGAAAAGGAUCAGCAACUCCACAAUCCAAGUCUUCCGAAUUGUUUUACGAUGCAAAUGCAUUAAAAGCGGUACAUUUGACUGUCAAACCCAUUGAAGAACAGAAGGACUUUGAAUCAAGAAGGGCAUGGGAAAAAGUUGCUGACGCAAUAAAGAAGCUGGAUUAUAACUUAAUCGCCGAAGAAAAGUCAAAGAUUGAAAACGAGCAAAGAGAAUUGAGAAAGAAGGAAAAAGAAACCGGAACCGAAUGGAAAACUAGAUGGUUUGAUCAAGUUGAUUACAACAAAGGAUCCGAAGAUACAAACGUAGCACCACCAGAUGAUUUCGUCAAUUUAACCAACCAAGCCAAUUUAUCAAUCCACAAUGCGCCUCUGGGCACAUUAAAGAAAUCAAAAUACGACCAUGGGGAUGCAAAACAUUGGAGAUUCAACCCUGAAAAGUUUGAAAGGGAUGAUAUAAAGAUCUAG